GGCGCGCAUGCGUGCGGCGGCGCGCAGAUCGGAAAGAUGGCGGCGGCCGAAGUUUGUGGGGUUUGUUUUUGUUUCUGUUGAUGAGGAUUGGGGGUCGUUCCCGACACGUUUGUCACCGGCACCGGCGCCUGUUGCGGCAGGCGAGCAAGAAAGACGGACGGCAAGCGGCGAUAAAAGGUGGAAGAAGAAGCCGGCAGGUCUUGUACCAUGGCCGAACCGCGGCGGGUCUCUCUGACUACCCUUCCCGUCUCGGCUCCUCUGUUGAAGAAAAAGAAAGAAGAGGACGACGACGACGAGGAGGAGGAAGAGGGGGAAAAGGUGAAGAAGGAUGGGAUAUCCGCCAUCACGUCGCGCCACACGCUGCCUCUCUUCGAGUCGAGUGAGAAGAGUUGCCCGGAGUUUUAUUACCCCGAGUUAAUGAGAGUACGGAAGAAAGUUGUAGCUAGAUAUUUUGGAGCCCCUUUUAAUGAUGACAAAAGGGAAGAAGAAGAAGAAAAAAUCGAACCAUUGGCAAAGAAAUCUGAAGAAAAAUAUGGCCCAAAAAAACGUAGGAAGGAUCGUAUCCAAGAUCUUAUCGACAUGGGUUAUGGAUAUGAUGAAACUGACCCAUUUAUAGAUAACUCGGAAGCUUACGAUGAACUUGUUCCAGCAUCCUUGACCACUAAGCUGGGUGGUUUUUACAUUAAUAGUGGAACUUUGCAGUUCCGUCAAGCUUCUGAAUCGGAUGGCGAUGAUGACUUCAUCAAGGACAAGAAAAAGACAAAAUCUCCAAAGAAGUGGAAGUUAAAAGAAGGAAAUGAAAAGAUAAAGAAAAGGAAGAAAGACGAUGGGCAUGAGAAAGAUAAGAAAUCUCAAAAAUCAAACAUUUCAAAACAGGCUGGCAGGAUAAUGCCACUGAAUGUCAAUAAAGAAGACAAAAAGAAAAAGAAAAAGUACAUGGGGGCAUUAGGUGUCAGAGAAAUGUUGAAGAAAUUUGAGAAGGAGAAAGAAGCCUCAAAGAAACAAGAUGAUGUCAUGGGCUUGCCAAUGUUACAGACACUGGCUGUUAUUCCUCAUAAAAUUGAUAACAGCUCCAUAAAUAAUGUUUCAGAUCCUUUGCUUUCGCUUAUUGGAUCUGCGAAUGACGGUGAUCUUCUGCACGUAGCCAGCACUGUCGACCUAGAAAUAGAUCUCGACCGUCUUCUGAAUGACUCGUCCCCAGGUAGUCCCCUCAAUGAUUUUGAUGAUGGAAGCGAUCCUCUUCCUACUCUGCAGUACUCAACAGUGGGACAGAUACCAAAGCAAGUCCCUACCUUGCCUGAAGGACUUCCUUCACUGCUAGAAAAAUGUAUAAAAGAACUGACACGGGCUGCCAAAGCUUCUGAAGGAGAAGGGAAGCAGAAAUUCUUCACACAGGAUAUCAAUAAUAUUCUGUUAAAUAUUGAGCUACAGUCCCGUGAAUUGAAUAGUCAGGCCCGUUCUGGGGUUUAUGCACACCUGGCAUCCUUCUUGCCAUGUAGUAAGGACACACUUGUCAAACGGGCAAAGAAACUGCACAUGAAUGAACAGACUGGGACGAAAUGGCUGUUAAAGACAGGUCAAUACUUAAUGCAGGAUGGUCGGCUGAAGGAACCUUUACAGAGACUGAAAGAAGCAAUUGGAAGAGCAAUGCCAAACCAGAUGUCAAAGUACCAGGAUGACUGCCAGGCUCAUAGUCAAGCCAAAAUUGCCAAGAUGAUGGGAGAAGAUAAGGAAUUGAAGGAGAAAAUGUUUUCCGAUGACGAUGAAGAUGAUGAUAGGAUGGGAAGAAGAAUUGUCGGACCUCGUAAAAAAUUCCAUUGGAAUGAUGAGAUAAGAGAUUUACUGUGCAGUGUGGUGAGGACAAAGAUGGCCUACUAUGAGCAGGAAAGAAACAAGUCCCCGGUGGCAGAGGACUACCUGAAAACAUUUCUGGAAUCCGUAGUCAAACCACUCUGGCCGAAAGGAUGGAUGCAAUCAAGAACAUUGUUCAAAGAAAGCAGGAUGGUACAUGCACAUGUCACCUCGGUACUUUCCAAGAAGAAAACUAUUGCUCCCCCAAAGUCUAAAAUGAAGGACCAUAUUCUUAAGACAGAGCGAAGAUUGCAGCAAUCGGUUACUUCAACUCACAAUAGUAACGCUGCCUCCUAUCUGCCGGGACCAUGCACUUCCCCUUUGACCCCAAUAAAUGUGUCAGUUUGUUCCAGUGCUGCUCAGAGUUCCAGUAACACAACAACUCCUCAGUCCUUCAGUUUAGAUGAUUCGCUUGACGAGGAUCUAUCCUAUAAUCAGCCUUCUCUGGAAGAUGUGUCUGAAGCAUUGGCUGCUCUUAAUGAUGCUGCAGGAAGUACCAACAACUUCAGUCAUUUAACAUCAAAUCCAUUAAAUGAUAAGUUAACCGCAGUGGUGUCAUCGGAAGAGAAGAAAUAUGUACAGAAGAUUCCAACUUCCCUAUCUGAUCCACCACCUGCCACUCAGUCAAGUUCAUCUCUCAAUCUUUUAGCUGAGCAGGCAUUAGCUUUGGGGCAACUGUCUCAGGAGAGGACUUCAGAAAGUGCUACGAGUCUUAUCAUUGCCUUUAAAAACCAUUCUUCAACAAACAGCAAGGUUUUCUCAGAGACGCUCCAAAGCAAACUGAAGCAUCAAGGGUUGCAACGUCAUGUUCAAAGUCAGGUGUCGGCGCAGGCUGCCAAGCAGUAUCAUCCGACCACUUCACAGCAGAAAAGCUACAUGUCAUCACCAUCUUUCAGCACAAGCAAACUGCAAAACAGUUCUCAGACUAAAACCACCAGCCAAUUGCAACAACGGCCACUAAUUCAGCAUCUAAAAACGUCAACAAAGACUCAGAAUUUCCAUUCUGCCUCAUCUUUAGCAAGUAACAUACUGACAUCUCCCAGUACUCAUCGGACGUUUAGCACUUCAGUUACAUCUGUCAGUUGUACAUCAAAACAGACCAAUGCACAGAGCUCCAUAAAUCAACCCUUUAAAUCGCCAAUGACUUUGGUCUCAGCAACGAAACAUUCUUCCCCUUCCAGUAACUCUAUUCCGAACACAACCAGUGUUCAAAGCUCUCUAUCCUGUAAUAGUCAUCUAAAUAGACAAUCUCCAGGCCAGGCGUUAAAUCGGCAAUCACCUAUUAUUAAUGUAAAGAAGUCCUCCAUUUCUCAGAAACUGACUCUGGUGGCUCCUCCAGGUGGUAGUAAUGGAGAUUCUAGUGGGACACAGGGUGUAGCUAAACUGCUUACUACUUCUCUUAAACCUGCAGUUGUUAAUAAUUCUACAGCUACAGGAGCAAUGCUGUCUUUACAGGCUACCACAGGAGCAGCAUUGCUUGCAAGUUCUCCAUCUAUGAGCCUUCUGUCACCUUCCUUUAAUACAACAAACCAGAAAAUAACGUCAGCAACUCUGAGCCAAGCCUCACUCGGGAUGAUGCCAGGCAUUAUUCCUAUGCACUUUACAUUCCCUACAGUUUUAACCUUAGGCUCAGACUCUGCACCAAAAUCAGCCGUAUCAACGGAUGCAAUUGUCACGGGUCCUGCCCCGGGGACAUUCCACCAUGGCCUUGCACAUAGUAUUUUUGCUGGCUUACACGCUACCCCACACCAUGCAGUGCAGCUUCCACAUGCAGUGUUGCCCACCCACAUACAGCAGUCUCUCCAAGAUGGCACCAAAAUCCAUGGGGAGACUUCCAGCAUGCAACGUAAGAUGCAAUGACCUCUGGCACAAGGCACAGUUGAAUGAAGCUGAUGCAUCGGCACUGGUGUCGCUGUAGACAUCAAAGGCAAUGGUCAACCUGUAGGAGCUGCAAGGCUAAAUAGCCAACUCUGCAUUUUCUUUUAUCUAAUGAUUAAUUGUGCCCUUUAAUGUUGGGGCAAGGAGAAUGUGGUUGAAAUUGAAUACCUUUGAGACUGACAGAUGGAAAGGACUUGUUACAGCAGCAAAAUAAUGAUAGCUGGAGGACAUCAAGUGGGUUUAGAAUGUGCUUAGAUUCAAAGUGUAUGGAAAAGUAUCUUCCACUGAAUGCCUAUGCAAGAACAUUUGUAGUACUGACAUGGUAAUGAAGGUCAUUAGAGCAAAAUUGUAUGUGGUGCAUUCCAGAGAUAUAAGACAGCUAAAAAUGUUACUUUCAAUAUUUUGUUAAUUCAUUACAUAGGUUAUUCCUGUACUCAGCAGCAGACUUAAUUAAAGCUUUUAUAAUUUGCCCAGGCAGCAACUUGGAAUCUGUACUGACAGAACACUGUUUACCUGACACGUAUGCACAUGAUCGUGUGAGGUUGGACAUUUCUGGGGGAUAAUUACUCUCUUUAUGGAGGUAGGGUAAACAGACCAACGCUAGUUUCAAGAUAAGCUACAUAGAAAAAGGUAUUGCCCCUAUAGACACAGCCACUACUCUAAUAGUUAUCUGUUUUAAAGAAAUUGAAGUUCCAGUUUGAGUGGAUUUUGUCAGUGGGAUGCAUUGGAUCUUUUUUAAGUUAAAUUACUAUUUAUUGCCUGUACUCUUUGUUUUCAAAGAGUGUAUUUACAUUGUACACCUCAGCUCUGUUGAUGCACUAACAAGGCCCAAGACUCUUGAGCCACUCUUUUGUGUGCCGUGCAUCUAGCAAAAGAAAAAUUGGAAUCUGAACUGUAACAAGUUAUUUAGAGAUAGAUGAGAAAUAGUUUGCAUUAGGGACCCAGCUGUGUUAGCCACCUAAAUAAAAACUUGUUAGUGACUACGACUGAUCACAAUGGUCUGGUAUAUAACAGUUUUUAAAAAUAAGCUAUUAAUCUCACGUACUCCUUGGAGUUUCUCAUUUUAUUGGGAAUUUAGGACUAAAGGCGGUUUCAUGGUAUGUCUUGUUAAAUCCCUGUCAAAUAUCAUUUGUUUGGUAAUGCAAGUAUAGACAGCAUUGUAGCAGAUGCUGGUCAUACAAUUGCAGUACCUUUGCUUCUAAUGCAGAAAAUGGGAAGUGUGAAGUGAGGUUUCAUGUAUUCUUAAUCCUUGUCCAACACUUUUCUUUAAAACUUAAGGUAAAGUACAGGAUUUGAGAAGUAAUUUGUUUAUUUUAAAAUAAAUUCCCUUGCAGUUCAAAAUUUGGCAUAAUCUAGUUGAUUUAAAAAGAACCAUGUCGGCAGAGAAGCCAAAGAUUUUUUCAAUAAAGAUGACGUUAGCAUGGGCCGAUGAUUUGAAACUUUUUGGACAUUUUCAUAAGAUUUUUAACACAAUGGCAUUUUAUUUCUGGAGUGCUUCAGUCAUAUUUAAUGCUAUGGGUGACUCGCAGGCAUGAUAAAUGUUCUACAGAAACUCAGGACUUGAAAAUUGCUGGAUCUGAUUUUUGUGUUAAUGAAGUUUAGCUCUACUUGAAAUUGUAUAAUCAUUCUCAAACUCUGUAAAUUGUGAUUGUGCUAGUAAGUUCAAUUUGUUUUAAUGAAAAUAGACAUUACUUUGAAUGAUGGUGCUUCAUUGUAUAUUAUUUUUGAGAGUUGUGUGUGUAUUUGCUGCAGGACAAAAGGUUGGUUAUUUCUGUUGCACACGGAUAUGUCAAUAAACUAGAAAAUUUUGGAGAAAAUA